AAGAUGUGGGGCGACGCCACUCUCCCAGAGGGCAAAGUCACCUUCGUCGUCGGCGAUGACGAGGAGCGCCUCGAGAAGGUGAGCAAGAACCUGCUCUGCAUUCGGUCCGUGUUCUUUCGGACCAUGUUUGGCAUUGGCAUGAAGGAGCGCGACGCCGCCGAGAUCACGGUGCGCAACACCGACCUCGCCACCUUCACCGCCCUCGUCCGCUACCUCCUCACCGACCAGCUCGACCUCGGCGAGGGGGAGGGCGGCAGAGCGCAGCGCGCGCUCGACCUGCGGCAGCUGGCGCAGAUGUACCAGGUGCCGCGCCUCGAGCUGCUCUGCGCGCAGGCGCUGCAGGAGAGCGUCGGGCCGGCGAGCGCCGUGCCACUGCUCGAGGCGGCGCACGCGAUGGGCGACGGGCGGCUCCUCGCGCAGUGCCGCCGCUACGUGGCCGACAACGCCGCCGAGGUGCGGGCGAGCGGCGGCGUGGAGCAGCUGCGCGACCUGGGCGUGGCCAAGGGGCUGCUCGGCGACGCGCUCGACCAGGUGGCGGAGCUCAAGGGAGCG